UUUUUUUCGUAGAACUUUAUUUUUUUUUUAUUUUCUGUGAAAUUCUAGCGGUUCAUUUUUGAAAACUUUUCGUGUUUAUUUUUCCUGGACAUUUAGUGUUGUUGCUUUUUACUGGAUAUUUAGUGUUUUGUCGUCUUCAUCUGAAAGAGUCCUCCAGUAGAAACGACUCAUGGAUUCCAAGAUGAGCACGCCCAGACGUUCUGUUGGUCGGUCAGACAGUUUCAAAUCUUUAAAUCACACCUUAAACCGGUCAUACCAAUCUAUCAUCAGUUCCGGCAACAAGGUCAACCAGUACGACACACUAAGGGAGCGAGCACUAGCAAGGAGGGUUUUGUACGAGGAUCCAGCAUUUCCAGCACACGAUACAUCCUUGCAAAUAAGAUAUAACUCUACAUCAGACUUCAUUGAGUGGAAACGACCUCAUGAAAUUUCAAAGCGGCCGAGUUUCAUUUCUAAGAAUCCAGGAACCUUCGAUAUCAUACCCGGAAACUAUGGUGACACGUGGUUGGUACCAGCGUUCUCCUGUUUAACAUUGGCUCCAGCGUUGAUUCAAAAAUGUAUCCCGGAAGACCAAGCUUUCGACGAAAAAUACGGGGGAAUAUUUCGUUUUCGAUUUUGGAGAUAUGCAGAGUGGAUAGAAAUUGUUAUAGACGAUCGUUUACCUACGUAUAAUGGGCGAAUACUAUUCACAUCAAGUAUGGACCCCAAUGAAUUCUGGGUACCACUACUGGAAAAAGCAUAUGCAAAGAUGUACGGAUCGUAUGCUGCCAUACAGGGUUCAAUGGUAAACUGGGCACUUCAGGACUUAACGGGCGGUAUUGUUGACACUUUUAUUUUCCGAGACAACUUAAACCUCCUGCAGAAAAUAAUCGACUUUUCAAUGGCUCGAACAACUCUCAUAGCAGCCACGAUAGCGGGUCAAGGUGUUUCGCAAGGUAGCUUCUCAAAUGGCUUGGUGGCCGGAAGAGCUUAUUCAGUAACUGGAUAUGCUGAAGUUCCAUUUCAAGGCAGUAGUGCAAUAUUGGUACGACUGAGAAAUCCAUGGGGGACAUCUAAAUAUACAGGACCAUGGAACGCUAGGUCAAGUCUUUGGGACGCUUUAUCACCAGGUAUGAAAGCAAAGCUAGGUUAUGGUCAGUUGAAAGAUAAUGAAUUCUGGAUGCCAUACGCAGAUUUCGCAAGAGUUUUUACAAAUUUAGAGCUGUGCCACCUACCCCCCGAGGCAUGGAACUUGGAACCGAAACUCAAACAUCGGUUGCCAUGGAAAUCGGUCGAGGCUCAUCGGCAGUGGAGGCGUGGUUACAAUGCAGGCGGAGGCAUUCAUUCCCAACUUAUGAGCUGCAACAAUCAGUUUUAUCUGGAGCUGAAGAAAUCUACGGGAGUUGUGCUCUCAUUAAUGCAAAAAUACCGUCUUUUUGGUGAAGUCAGAGAAUUUGUGCCGUGCGGCUGCAUUGUUUUUGAGGCUCCACCUGGCCAGACAAGUCGACUUGGUAUGGGUCAUUUCGUACAAGCCAAACAGAUCACUUCCACAGGGGUUCGAGCAGAGAGAGAAAAUGUUCGAUUCUUAACAUUACCGGCCGGGUCAUAUGUUAUAGUUCCGGUUACUGGAAAAGUCGGAGUGGAAGGAAAAUUUUGUCUCAGAAUAUUAUGUGACAAUCGGGAUAUUGUUGUAAGGGAGCUGGAUGAUAUAGAUACGGCAAAUUUCUCUCCACAGAUAGACCAAAAGUUAGAUCCGGAAACUUUGUAUGUUUUGAGAAAAAGAUUCAGCAUGUUCUGCAACAGAUACGAAGAAGUGGACGGUUACGGGUUAAGACAAAUAUUGUCGUUUAAACCACAGAGCGGUGCUUCAAUGAUACUUUGUUGUGAACCAGAGAAAGAUGAGAUGCAUAUAAAACGGUUGUUUUUGUCCCCGGAGACGAGCAAGGCUGCAGUUACCAUCGAAGAUAAAGAUAUGAAUGGUCGACUUAAUUUCGAAGAAUUCUUGUCACUGGUGCAGAAACUUUCAUUUUGGCAGAGUAUAUUCUUGAAAUUUAGUGUAGGAAAUGGUUCUGUCAUGGAUUCAUACUCAUUAAGAAAUGCAUUUAGAAUAGCAGGAUUUUCAGUCAGUAAUAAAAUAAUGGAGGCCUUGGUUCUCAGAUUUGCAGCUAAGGAUUUUAUACAUCUGGAAGGGUUUAUGAAUUCCAUCAUUAAACUCCAUGUAGCACACAGAACGUAUCUAUUUCGGGUGUUUGGAGAUCGACACUCCAGGGCGGCACAGAAUUUACCAGCUAUGUCAGACGAGGACCAUCGGAAGUACUUACAAGAGCUUCUACGUACAUCAAUCUACUCAUGAUUUCGUCUAGAUGAACGGCGGGAUUUUGUAACAGUAGCCUUGAGAAAACCGAACUUUGAUAAAAACCAUUUUCGAGAAAAGCAACGGAAAGACUUUGGACAGAAAUGUAUAGAAAUUAGAGUUUGGAAUUACGGAUGGUUACGGAUAGUUACAGAACAAGUUCUUGUUUCAUUGUAUAAACGUGAUAAGUAAAGUACAGCUUGUCAUCUUUUAAAGAAAGGCAGCAUUGAUAAAGAACUAAUGAAUGUAUUAUAUAAUUAACCUGUAAAUUUAAUUAUGGAGUUUGCUAUGUAUUUUACGUAUGUUUUAAAUACUACAAAAAGGGGGCGAGGGGAGUAGGAUGUCAGAUGAAAGUGUGCUCUCUGAAAGCACGCACUCUGUGUAUAUAAACAUGUACAUAUAGACAAUUAAAACUGCCAAAUAUUGCAGAGGACUGGCUUUCAAAGUGCAUUUUGAUCUGACAAACUCAUGGAAAAUGUCAUAAUCGUAUGUGCCUAAAAUAUGAGGUCAUGUGUUUUUAUUCGUUAUUGUAAUUACACAGGAAAAAACUAAACCGGUUAUAUAAUAAGCUUCAAACAUCUAAAUAUCAUUCACAGUGUAAAAUAAUACAUCAUUUUAUACCAGUGUAUAUUUUCUGUACAUUAAUAUUUAUUUAGCAUUUUGUAGUCAAUAUUUUACAAGCUUUAACUUUUUGUAUUUCAAAUGUGUAUAUAAUAAAUGAUAUGACUUUUUAUCUUUGUUGU